AUGUCGAAGGAAGCACAUUUGGCGGGCUCGCCCUCCGAUGAGGAGAAGCCCCCUCUUGGACAGACUCGCCGACCCAGCGCUGGCGAGGCCGGCAUCCCCAUCAACUUCCGUGAGGAAGACUUCCUGACGCGCAAUGGGUUGAACUUGAAGAGUUUCCAGCGACGCGAUUAUGGCACUGGCGCCAGCGAGCUCGACCGAUCGAUGAAACCUCGACAUCUCAACAUGAUCGCCAUUGGAGGUUCCAUUGGCGCUGGUUUCUUCGUUGGUUCAGGCUCAGCUUUCACAUCUGGUGGACCCGGUUCUGUCUUCAUCUGCUUCUUGAUUGUCGGCAUUAUGAUGUUCAACGUUGUCUAUGCGCUUGGAGAACUUGCUGUCAUGUAUCCUGUCUCUGGUGGUUUCUACACAUACUCGGUCCGCUUCAUCGACCCCUCUUGGGGAUUCGCUAUGGGCUGGAACUACACUAUGCAAUGGAUCAUCGUAUUACCGCUGGAAUUAACAGUCGUAUCCUUCACAGUCGCAUAUUGGAACAAGGACGUUAAUGUGGCUGUCUGGAUUUCAAUCUUCUGGGCUUUCAUCAUCUUCGUCAAUAUAUUCGGCACCCUCGGGUAUGCUGAGGAGGAAUUCGUCUCGUCAUGUUUCAAGUUGGCAGCUACAGUUAUCUUCAUGAUUGUGGCUGUGGUCUUGAUCUGUGGCGGAGGCCCAUCCGAUGGCAAAUUCGAUGAGUACUGGGGUGCUCGCCUGUGGUAUGAUCCAGGCGCGUUCCAAAAUGGGUUCGUUGGUUUCUGCUCAGUCUUCGUCACGGCCGCGUUUUCGUUUUCAGGGACUGAGCUGGUCGGUCUCGCUGCUGCGGAAGCCCAGAAUCCGACAAAGGCCUUGCCCAGCGCCAUCAAGCAGGUCUUCUGGCGUAUCACCCUCUUCUACAUCCUCGGUCUCACACUCGUUGGCAUGCUCGUCAGCUCGACAGAUGAGCGCUUGCUUAACGCCGACAAUCCCUACGCUGACGGCACAUCUCCCUUCGUGCUCGCUGUCAAGGACGCAGGUCUCACCGGCUACGACAGUUUCAUGAACGUUGUCAUUCUUGUCUCUGUCAUUUCGAUCGGCGUCUCCUGCGUCUACGGCGGGUCUCGCACCCUGACUGCACUAGCAGAGCAAGGCUACGCUCCCAAGCUCUUCGCUUAUGUUGAUCGAUCUGGUCGGCCACUGAUGUCAGUCCUUCUCAACCUAGCGUUUGGCGCUUUGGCAUAUAUCGUACUCGCCUCCUCAGGCAACGAAGUAUUCUCCUGGCUCCUGGCUUUGUCUGGCUUGGCUGCAUUGUUUACAUGGGGCUCAAUCUGCUUCGCUCACAUCCGGUUCCGCCAGGCAUGGAAGAAGGCUGGCCGCACCGUCGAUGAAAUCCCCUUCCACGCGAUCUUCGGCGUCACUGGCUCGUGGGUCGGUCUCUUCCUCGUCGUCAUCUGCCUCAUCGCUCAAUUCUACACUGCGAUUGCCAAGAUUGGAGGCGGUACCAAUGAUGCCGAGGGCUUCUUCAAGGCCUAUCUCGCUCUGCCCGUCGUCCUCUUCUUCUGGGCUUGCGGCUAUCUCUGGAAGCGCGAGGGUGUCAAGAAGCUUGACCAGAUCGAUUUGGACACUGGCCGCCGGCCUAUUGAUUGGGAGGAGAUUCAUGCUCAGCGUGCGCGCUAUGCGUCCUGGCCGAUUUGGCGCAAGGUGCUUAGCAAGAUCUUUUAA